AUGGACUCCCUCCCAACAGAGGUGGCCGAGACCAUCCAAGUCGGCCACAUCAGAUCCCACCCCGACGUCAACUUCGACAUGGCGCCCUCCACAGCGGUAGAUAAACGGGAACCAGUUACCCUCCAGAGUCCCCGUCUCAGCGAGGACGAUCUUCUAAACGGCAUCGAGGACGACGGGGAAGACAUACCCUACAGUGUUCUACACCCUGCUCGCAAGUCACAUCGUCUUCCUGCUCUACCAGACUUGCGAUUCGAACAGAGUUACCUAAGAAGCAUUGCUAAUGCCGAUACCUGGUGGAAGGUGCUGCUUGUCACGGCAAGAGAUCAGGUAAGCUUCGGCCUCAUCGUCGGGUCUUUCAGAGACGAGAUGAUGGGUUCUUGUGACGACCGUUGA